GGAAGUUAUCGCAAGACGGUGUCGUUUAGUCGCUAUGAUCGUGUUUUUUUUUAAUUACGUAGACAUUUCUAUCAUGUCAAAGAAUAAUAUUCAACACAUCCAUUCUUCGUCCACGAUCAAUUUCUCUCAUGUUAAGUUGGCCGGCUAGCUGGUACCAAAGAGAGCGGAAGUUAAGAACACAUACUGCGCAUGAGUCGGUCGCCAUUUUGAACUAUUGUAAGAAAGAUUGCAACGAAAUCAUGAAGCUAGCAAGGCGACGAGAUUCUUGUCGCGUGCGUUGUGAUGUCGCUACAUAUUUUUUGUGAAAAUGUGUUAAGGAUAAAUGCUGAGAGCGUUGGUGAAUCGGCGACUAGCUGCGGCUGUUGAAUCAAAAUCGGCGGUGGUGAAAAGAACGAUAGCAGAGGACGAGGCGGAACUUUCUCGAAGAAAAGAGAGACAACGUCAACUACUGGACGCUGUUUUCAAGAAGCCUCAAUUUGUGUUACACAGAGCAGAUGUCAGCAAAGAACAUCUUCACUCCGAGCAGCAGGAGUGGAGCUCUAGGAUGGAGCAGGAGGUGCCACACCGCCCUCACAUUAAAGAGGAAGAGGAGGAGCCACAGUCUUUCAAUGUUAAAGAUGAAGAGGAGGAGAAACAGCCCCCCCAUGUUAAAAAUGAAGAGGAGAUACAGCCUUCCCACAUUAAAGUGGAGGAGCCACAGCUCUGCCACAUUAAAGAGGAAGAGGAGGAUUACAGCAUCAGUCAGGAGGGAGAGCAUCUUGAAGGAUUGGAGUUCCCAGUGAUUGGUGUCCAUGUGAAGAGUGAAGAUGAUGAAGACAAAGGUGAAAGUGAGGAGAAGAGAGAGGUGGAGCCUCCAAGCAGCAGCUCAACUCAACACAUGACAACAGAGGCUGAUGGAGACCACUGUGGAGGAUCACAAGCAGACAACCUCUUAGCUCCACUAUCAGAUAGUGACGACACAACGUCACACUCUCCUGACACUGAUGAUGAAGACUCUAAAGAUGAUAUGACAUGUCACACUGACAACACACGCUUUAAAUGCUCUCAAUGUGGGAAAACUUUUAAACACCAUUGUAAUCUGAAAGCACACAUGAGAAGUCACGCAGGUGAAAAACCAUUCAUGUGCUCAGUUUGUGGUAAAAGAUUCUCUCGAAAGCAAAGUUUGACCGUGCAUGCUAGAUCACACACUGGAGAGAAACCGUUUUCCUGUCCAGUGUGUGGUAAAGGUUUUGCACGACAAAGUGGUUUGAAAUUACACGUGAGAAAACACACUGGGGAAAAACCAUAUUCCUGUACAGUGUGUGGUAUAAGUUUGGCACGAAAAGAUAAUUUGAAAAGACACAUGACAACGCACAGUGGAGAAAAACCAUAUUCCUGUUCGGUGUGUGGUAAAGGUUUCACACAAAACAGAAAUUUGACAAUACACCUGAGAAGACACACCGGAGAAAAACCAUAUUCCUGUUCAGUUUGUGGUAAAGGUUUUUCCCGAAAAGGUGUUUUGAAAUUACACGCAAGAACACACACUGGAGAAAAACCAUAUUCCUGUUCAGUGUGUGGUAUACGUUUUGUAGAAAAAUAUUAUUUGAAAACACACCUGAGAAGACACACUGGAGAAAAACCAUAUUCCUGUUCAGUCUGUGGUAAAGGUUUUGCAUGUAAAGGUGAUUUGAAAAACCACAUGACAACACACACUGGAGAGAAACCAUAUUCCUGUUCAUUGUGUGGUUUAAGUUUUGCAAUCAAAUCUAAUUUGACUACCCACCUGAGAAGACACACUGGAGAAAAGCCAUAUUCCUGUUCAGUAUGUGGUGAUGGUUUUGCAUAUAAGGGUGGUUUGAAAAAACACAUGACAACACACACUGGACAGGGACCAUCCUGUUCAGUGUGUGGUGUAGCAUUUAGCCAUACUCAAUCUUUGAAAACACACAUGAGAACACACACUGGAGAGAAACCAUAUUCUUGUUCAGUGUGUGGUGUAAAUUUUGCACAAAAGGGUAAUUUGACAACACACCUGAGAAGACACACCGGAGAAAAACCAUAUUCCUGUUCAGUGUGUGGUAAAGGUUUUGCAUAUAAAGGCGAUUUGAAAAACCACAUGACAGCACACACUGGAGAGGAACCAACCUGUUCAGUGUGUGGUGUAGCAUUUAGCCAUACUCAGUCUUUGAAAAGACACAUGAGAAUACACACUGGAGAGAAAGUGUUUAGUUGCAGUGUGUGUGGCGAAAGAUUCUCUUAUAAGUACCAGCUUAACAAUCACAAUUGUGCUCGUGAGAACAGCAGCAGUAAAUGAAGCUGUAGGCUUUUAAUUUCCAUGUCUGCUGCUUCAGUUUUAUGAUGGCAAUUGGCAUAUACUUCAUAAUGUUUUAAAGACUGAUAAGAUGAAUUGUAAUUAAUAGCAAAGUCCCUCUUUGUGUGGAAAUGAACUUAAUUCCCCCCCCACACACACACACACACACACACAAAUGGGGAUGACUGUCAUUUUGAUUGUUCUGCAGUUGUUCCCUUUAGACCACACACACAUGUACAUACCGGGUAUUUAACCUUUAUUAAACU